AUGUCAAAGCACGGUGUUAAUGUUGUACGCGUACCUACUGGUUGGUGGCAGAUUUAUGACCUUGAUGGUGGUGCUAGUAAAGCUAAACUAAACUGGAACGUUACCCCUACUGAUUAUAUAACCGGUGGUCUGGCAUACAUUGAUAAAGUGUUUGAUUGGGGCCAGAAGUAUGGCAUCGGUAUCCUAUUGGGAAUGCACGCAGCACCUGGAUCUCAAAAUGGCCAAGACCAUUCAUCGCCCACUCAAUAUCCCGGUCAAAUAAACUGGGAUAAGUCUGAUUCAAACAUUGGUCAAACUGUAGAUUCAAUGGAAUUAUACGCUAAACGAUACGGAAGUAAGCCAGCUCUGUUUGGGUUUUACUUACUUAAUGAGCCAGCACAUAUCAAUAUUACAAAGUUGCAAGAUUACUAUAACCGA